GCGCAGUGGAGACUUCACCGAGACAGAGGGAGCGGAGGAAAACAGUUAUAAGGGAGAAAAGAAGAAAACAUGGACGAGCGGGGAGUUUUGUCUCUUAAAUGGUCGUGUGGGACGUGUCGUGGCUUUUGACGCACACGAGCUGCUCCGCUUUGGUGAUGAGAUUUAUAUCAGGGAAUGGGAAUCUUCAGGAAUCCUUCUGAAAACUGCUCUCGGCUUCUUCCAGACACUAAGGAGCUAGAUGUUAAAGUCAAGAUGGUGUUGAUGUAACCGACUGUUAGCUAUAGCCUACGCCAAGUCGCCGUACGUCAGCGUAAAGUUUUCCAUAUUUUCCUGGAGAAGGGGGAGGUUUUGCUGCAUUGAAUUCCUCUGGUCGGGAUGUCAUCCGCAGCCAAGAGGACUUCCUCUGGCUGACUGCUCCUCCAGCCGUAGCGGUCCCGGGCCUGACACACGCGGAGGGAAAGAUGGGAGAUGCAGCAGACGACAGAGGGAUGAAACGCACAUUCAUUGUACCCACAAUUAAGAGCUUUGACCACUAUGACUUCACCAGGGCCAAGAUCUCCUGUAGCUUGACGUGGCUCGUGGCCAAAGCCUUUGGCUCUGAUGCCGUGCCAGAGGAGCUGGUGGAGCCCUUCUAUCGGGACCAGUACAACCAGGAGCACCUGAAGCCCCCUGUGGCCUGUCUCCUGCAGUCUGCAGAGCUGUACUGUAGAGCUGGCAGUCUGAUCCUCCGCAGCGACGCUGUCAAACCACUGCUUGGACACAAUGCCAUCAUCCAGGCUCUGGCACAGAAAGGCCUGUAUGUCACCGACCAGGACAGACUGGUCACUGAGAGGGACCUGACCAGUACGCCCAUACACAUGAGCUCCCACUUGGCGCUCAUAGACACUCUGAUGAUGGCCUACACUGUGGAGAUGGUGAGCGUGGAGCGCGUUAUGUCCUGCAUCAACAGGUUUUCUGCUGCUGAGCCAUUUCUUUGUGACGGACACGUGCAGGAGCUGCUGUAUGACACAGAGGAUGCCAUCAUCACUUGGAUCAACAAGGUAAAUGAACACCUGAGAGACAUCCUUGUGGAGGAGCACAAGCUGAAAGAGGCUGCGUUUCAAGAUAACACCCAAAAAGCUCGCUACAGGAGAGAGCUUUCACAGCAGAGAAGUGUUCCAGUACUCCCCCUGGUGGACAACCUGCUGAAGGACAAUACAGACGGCUGCACACUGACGGCCCUGCUGCAUUUCUACUGUCCACAGGCUGUCAGACUGGAAGAUAUCUGCCUCAAAGAAACCAUGUCUUUGGCCGACAGUCUGUAUAACCUACAGCUAGUCCAGGACUUCUGCACCAACAAUCUGAACCACUGCUGCCACUUCAGCCUGGAGGACAUGCUCUACGCUCAUGCCUCCAUAAAGAGUAACUACCUGGUGUUUAUGGCUGAGCUCUUCUGGUGGUUUGAAGUGGUGAAACCCUCAUUUGUACAGCCAAGAGUCUUUGACCCAAAUGCCUGUGAAGUAUCCUGUAGAAAUAUGGCUCCUGUGACCAGUCCGGUUAAACAGAGCUAUGCAGAAACUGACGUCCCAGCUGAGGGUGUAAUGAAGAGAUCUACCUCCUUGUCUUUUGAAGAUGGCGGUGUUGGGACUUGGCCCAAAGAAAAACGGUCCACCUCCCGGGGAAUAUCCUUUGAGAUCCCCCUUGAUGGGGGUCCCACUGUUCCUCUCUGUGAGCUCCCCUCCUUUCAUAUGACUCGCUCAGUCAGCAGUGAUGUCCUCGCAUUCAAAAUUCACUAUGCAUCCCAAGGAAACAUGAAGAGCCACCCCUCCAUGGUGCCUAUAACUGUAAAUGGGCAGAGCGGACAUAUAGAAGAGGAGGAAGACUUCACCCCCCAUAAACCAGUUGGGCGAAACAACACAUUCUCCAUCAAAAACCAAAGCAGGUACUCAAAUGGAGUUCUACCAGAAAGUACCUCUGCCAAUCACUAUAGCAACCACACCGGUCAUAUUAGUCCUACCACCCCUCCGAGCAUUGAGGAGGCUCUAAAGAUAAUCCAUGACACAGAAAGGCCUCAUGCUAGUUUGGGAAUUGGGGAUGGGUUCUAUCUCCAUGGGGCAGAGCCCUCAGAUUCACCAGGAGCUCAGGGCGUUGCCCCACACUCAGCCAAAGCCAUGCUCCAGGAGCAUGACUCCGCCUCUGAAGAGGUGGACACUGGUAUCCACGUGAGGACUGAGGACAUCCAGAGCCUGGACGAGGACUCUUCUCUCAGAGACUAUUCAGACAUUGACCAAGACUGCGACGCAAUGACUAGGUUCUGCCCGCUGCCCGAGAGGGACCGAGGCUCUAGAGACGCUGGGCGGAGGGGAGUUUUUGACUCUGAUGUUGACAGUGAGAGAGGACAUGGAGCUGACAGAAGCAGCCCAUGUCCAGCACACAGCCUGCCUAGGUCCCACACAAUAUGCUCCACAUCCUCCUCUGGCUCGGCAGGAGCCAUGACCCGCAUGACCAGCUUUGCAGAGCAAAAGUUCAGAAAGUUAGAGGGAAGGAGUAGCGGAGGAACCACACCCGAGAGUUCAGACCUUAAUGUUCCUUGUGUACGUCCAGUAAAAACUCAGACUUCUCAGAUUUCUACUCCUCCCCUGCCAAUCACAUCUCCAUCUCCUGUAACGCCAACUCCCAGAGACCCUUCUCACUUGAUUGCCUCAGAAAUGAUCCAACUCAGGAUGAAGUUGGAAGAGAAACGUAGAGCCAUUGAGGCCCAGAAAAAGAAGGUGGAAGCUGCUUUUACACGCCAUCGUCAGAGAAUGGGCAGAACAGCGUUUCUGAAUGUUGUUCGACGGAAAGGAGUCAAUCCCAGCCCUGGAGAAACAGAAAACCCCUCACCCCAAUCAUUACCCUCUCCAAAACUAGCAGACCCAAGCUACAUUGAACGAGCAGAGAGGUGCAAACCUGAUGGAGCAGCUCCAAAAUCUCCCUGUGAAGAUGGAGGGGGUAUUGCUCCUGGAGAGGUUGACUUGUCUGAGUACACCCGCUCCAUUGAGAGGUUGAACUCUUCACUUGGUUUUCUGCAAACAGAGAUGCAGCGUUUGGCUCAACAGCAGGAAAAGAUCAUGGCCAUGAGAGAACAGCAACAGCAGGCCUGGGUCAUACCUCCUCCAGCCCCAUCUCCACACAGACAGCUGCGUGAGUUGCGCAGCAGCAGUGUCACAGGCCGAGGUUCAGGCCGUGGUUCAGUGGGGUCUUUGUCUCCAAACCUGUCCUCCUCUGGCUCUCCUCAAGCUCCCACCCGCUCCUCCUCUGGACUCAAGCGCAGACCGGCCUCCUUCCACGCCAGGACACCUCGGACCCCUCGUCCCAAUGAGUUAAAGGUCACACCUUUCAGUCGAAUGUUGAACACGCCCACUUCAGUGGACAGCCUGCCCAGGCUCAGGCGCUUUACCCCACAACAGUCCCAGCUCAGUUCCUUUGCCUACUUCGGUCAUGACGAAAAAACAGAUGAAAUGAAAAACUGUGAUGGUAAAGAUGAUAAAGAAACUGCCAAAGAGGAGACUGUAGAAAAGAGUGCAGGCGCUCAAGAAGCAGCUCCACAGCUUCAGACACAGGACCACAGCAAAGACACAGGACCACAGCAAAGACAGAAUUUGUCUAAAAAGGAGAUCACACAAACUAAACCAGCAGAGGUGCUGCAUCAGCCCCUGUCAGAGGUCCAAGAGGGGGCAAAGUUUGAAUGUCGACCAGACCGAAGUGACCUGGUGGAAGCUGCUUUAUCUGAACUCAAACUUGGGGAUGAAGAGGGAGAGACAGGGGAAGAGAUUUGUGGAACUGAGCAAAAAAUGUGCUGUGGAUUCUUCUUCAAGGAUGAUGUGAAAGGAGAAGAGGAUAUGGCAGCAAAGAAAGCAGCUCUACUGGAGAAGAGGUUGAGGAGAGAGAAAGAAGCUCAGGAGAGAAAACAGCAACAAGAGCUGGAUCAGGAGCAGAAGAAAGAAGCUGCACGGUUAAAAGCAGAGGAAGAGCAGCAAAAAAAAGAAGAGGAAAAGGCCCGACGUGAAUAUAUAAAAUGUGAGUUUUUGAGACGGAAGCAGUUGAAACUCAUGGAGGACAUGGAUGACGUGGUCAAACCUCGAUCUGGAAGUCUUAAAAAGAAACCUAGGCCAAAGUCCAUUCACAGAGAUGUCUUAGAGUCCUCCACACCAGCCAGAGCCACAGGAGUGCGUCCACGGGGAUACUCUGUGUCCAGUGUAUCUUUGGCUUCUCUCAACUUGGCAGACAACGAUAAUCAGCUUGAUAACAAGAAGAACAACAGGCCAGAUUCUGCUGGAGGUUUUUCUUCUUGUCCUUCAGCUGGCAGUCGAAAUGAGAAGGACUGGGAAGUGGACUCCACCACCUCCUCUACUCCUUCCAAUACUGAGUAUACAGGGCCCAAACUGUACAAGGAGCCCAGUGCCAAAUCCAACAAACAUAUCAUUCAGAAUGCUCUGUCUCAUUGCUGCUUGGCUGGCAAAGUCAACGAAGGGCAGAAAAAUAAAAUACUUGAUGAAAUGGAAAGGUCUGGAGCUAACAACUUUCUGGUCUUAUUCCGAGAUGCUGGAUGUCAGUUCAGGUCUGUCUAUACUUACUGCCCGGACUCCGAGGAGAUAAUCAAACUGGCAGGAAUAGGACCAAAAAGCAUCACAGCAAAGAUGAUCGAGAAUAUUUACAAAUACAACUCUGACCGAAAACAGUUCAGCCAGAUCCCAGCCAAAACCAUGUCAGCGAGUGUUGAUGCAGUCACUAUUGCAGGACAUCUGUGGCAAACCAAGAAACAAGGGACGCCUAAAAAACUUCAUCCCAAGUAAAUGACAAGAUUGGCUAGAUUUUCCUUAAGCAUUUUGGACCCAGAUUGAAUCACAACAACUGGAAAUGAAAACAGCAUUAUUUAAAGGGGGCACAGUCUUGUGUUUGCCAGCAUGUGUAUGAACUUUAAUGUGCCAAAAAAGAACAAAAUACUAAGCGGACAAAUGCCUUAGUUGAACCACUGAAGCACUGAAUGUCAAGUCUCUGCAAGAGGCUCUUUGAUUUCUAGUCCAUUGUGUGGCCUUAUGCUUGUUUUGUGUCAUUGGCGCACAUUACAACAAGUGUUUUGUCAGCACCUGUUAAAAUACCGGUAAUCUGUUAUUUUUUGAUGCACGAGAGACUGUCUGCAUACGGGUCAGAGGUCAAAUCAUGGUCUUCUGUGUUCAAGUCUUUAAAGAUGGCUUGUCCCAUCAGAAAUUUGAAAGAUGCAGCGUUUGAUUGAGGACAUUUGCUGCUAGACCGGCAUGUUGUUGUUUUUUUUUACUGUUGUAAAUGGUUUGAUUUUGUGUAUGUGUGUAGAGUGAAGUGCCAAGUUGUGGAGGUGAUCUUUGUUACCCUCCAGAAGUAUGACGUGUGAUAAAAUGUGCCAUCAGAUCAUAGGAUGCACCUGCAAUACUCUAAUUUAUUGAAUUAGAUCAUGCUGACAUAUAUGGUAACUUUGAUUUAAAAUAUGUCAUGCUACUUUGUAUAUAAUGAAAUGAACAGCUUUCUGUAGCUUUGGAGUAGCUUUUUAUUUAUCUUGUAUCAGUAGCCUAUGUUGUAUGUCUGUUAUGUGGCCUUUUAUUGCGCUAAAGAUGCAAAAAUGCAGUUGUUUUUUUUUUACUAAUGAGACUAUCAUCUGAUGUGUCUUGUACAGAACUCUCACUGUGUCUGUGCAAUUUUACAAUGUCCUGUUAAACAUGUCUCUGUUACAAGUUACAAUAAUGUCUUAAUUAAUACAAUAGUCUUAACAAUUAAAUCUUGGUUUUGUUCACACAUGUAAAUACACAAAUGAUAGCACUUAAAUUAUGUGUAACCAGGCCAUCUAAUCUCUUUGUUAUCACUUAUUUGCAUAACUGUUACAUUUUUCAUCUGUUGACUCUGUACAGAUAUAUUUUGGCAUAUACAAAUAUUUUUGGUAUUGACAUUUAUCUGAUGUGUGAGGUAUUGAAGCGGUUAAAUAGCCGUGAAUUAACAAAAUGUGUUAAACGCUUGUAGGGUGGAUAAAAAAAGUAUAGAAAUCAAAUCUACAGAUCAUGGAUAUGCAAAAAUCUUCCUUUUCCCAACUUGGAAUUUCCUUUCAUUAUGCUCAAUUGCUCAUGGAACUUGUUUUAGUAUGUUGAAGCUUUAUUAAAAU